GAGAGAAACGACAGACUGGGGUGGCAGCCGGAGAAAGAGUCACGGUGAAAGGAUCAGUGAGGCCACCGUCUGGGAAGGACAAGGAGAGACAGAGAAAAACUGAGAUAUAAAGACCAAUCCCAUCCUGAUCCAUGAAAGAAGCCAUGCCAGUCCUCUCAGCAGGAGCAGGGUUGCAUGAGACACUUGCUCUGCUGACCUCACAGCUGCGUCCUGAUGCCAAUCACAAAGAGGAGAUGGUCUUCCUUAAGGAUGUAUUUAGUGAGAGAAGUCUCAGCUACCUUAUGAAGAUUCAUGAGAAGCUGCGUCAAUAUGAAAGGCAGAGCCCCACCCCAGUUCUUCACAGUGCCUCCACUCUAGCAGAGGAUGUUGCAGAGGAGUUGCAGAGUGGACCAAUGAGUGUUGAGGAAAAGGAGCUCUUUCAUCUCCUGACAUUGCCGCAUCUCCAGGCCGUUUUGUCGGUUCAUGACACAGUGGCGCAGAAGAACUUUGACCCAGUUCUGCCUCCUCAACUUGAUGACUUUGACGAUGAUCUAGAUGAGGAGUCUGUCAAGAUUGUCCGCCUGGUCAAAAACAAAGAACCACUGGGUGCCACUAUUCGGCGAGACGAGUCUACAGGGGCUAUGACUGUAGCUCGUAUCAUGAAGGGAGGGGCAGCAGACAGGAGUGGUCUGGUGCAUGUAGGCGAUGAACUAAGGGAAGUCAAUGGCAUCUCUGUAAUGCACAAGAGACCAGAUGAGAUCAGUCAACUGCUGUCUCAGUCACAAGGCUCUAUAACACUGAAGAUAAUCCCAGCAAUCAAAGAGGAAGACAAGCUAAAAGAGAGCAAGGUCUACAUGCGGGCGCUCUUUGACUACAUUCCUUUGGAGGACAAGGCCACGCCCUGUCAGGAGGCAGGGCUUCCAUUUACACGUGGAGACAUCCUGCAAGUGGUCAGUCAGGAUGAUCAGACAUGGUGGCAGGCCAAGAGAGUGGGAGAUAGCAACCUGCGCGCAGGACUCAUCCCAUCCAAACUGUUUCAGGAGAGGCGGUUUGCCUACAGAAACAAAAUGGGCAGCCUUCCAAAUCCCAAAUCUACAAAAACAGCUGUCUAUGACCAGGGAUGUGAUAAAGAGGACUGUGACUGUGAGGGCUAUUUCAAUGGACAGUACAUAGUCUCUUCUAAGUGUAAUGCAGUGGUGCCCUCCUGUGGCCAGGUGUUUUCCUGGGACUUUUACUCAGCUGGUUUGCGGAGAAGUUUCCGUCUAAGUCGGAAAGAUCGUCGUGGUUCUACAGGAGAGGUCAAUGUUUCUGACCAGAAUGAGACAGAGUUCCUGACCUAUGAAGAGGUGACACGCUACCAGCAGAGGCCAAAUGAGAGGCCACGAUUAGUAGUUCUCAUUGGUUCUCUGGGAGCACGCAUCAAUGAGCUGAAGCAAAAAGUUAUUGCAGACAAUCCCCACCGUUAUGCAGUGGCUGUGCCCCACACCACACGGCCCAAAAAGAGUCAUGAAAAGGAGGGAGUGGAGUACCACUUUGUGACCAAGCAGGCCUUUGAUGCUUAUGCACAAAAUAGCAAAUUUAUUGAGUAUGGAGAGUAUAAGGAGAAUCUGUAUGGGACCAGUAUAGAAGCCAUCCGAUCUGUUCAAGCCAAGAACAAGAUGUGUCUGGUGGAUGUACAACCUGAGGCACUGAAGACCCUGCGGACAGCAGAGUUUAAGCCUUAUGUCAUUUUUGUAAAACCACGAAUCCCAGAGAGCCGCAGACGCCGCAGUGCUGGCACAUCAUCAGGGGGGGUUGAACAUGGGCGAAUCACAGAGGACGACCUGCAGGAAAUGCGUCUGUCGUCACAGCAGAUAGAUCAGCAGUACGGUCACCUGGUGGAUAGAAUACUGGUUAAAGAAGACACUGCCAGUGCCUGUGCAGAACUACGUAGCAUCCUGGAGAGAUUGGAGCGGGAGACCUUCUGGGUUCCUAUGAGCUGGGUCAAGGCCUAGGAUGCCCCUGUACUCCAAUCCAGACUAUUGACCAAUACGCCUUGCAGUGCUGGGCUUCUUCUUCCAGUCUGUGCAACCUGACUGCACUGGGCUUGCCAUCUCUACAUGGGUCUCCAAGGAAAGGGAGUUUUAGAUUAGCAUAAAGGGAGUGUGAAUGUCUUAAUACAGAUUUUGUUUCUGGUCUGGGACAUGCUGUCACAAAUGCACUUAUAUGAAUUAAUGAUCUAAUUUAUUUUUUAAUGACAUUGGUUAUUUAUUAUUUGUUUAUAAUGUCUGACAGUUUGUGUGUUCUUUUGUUAUUUAAUACGUUUCAAUAUACUAUUCACUAAAGAAAUACUUAAGAUACAACAAAAAUGAAAUCAGUGUCAGAUCAUAUUAUCAGGGAGGUGAAACGUUAACCUUUGGCUGUGGAAUGUGACAGUGUUCUUCCGAUCUCCUCAUCAAAAAAAAAAAAAGAAAAAAAAAAAAAGGAAACUGGCACUUUUGGGAAAUGUAAAUGUUGAACUGUAAAUGUUUUAACAAUGCAUAUCAAGAUGCUCUCUUGCAAUGCACACUGAUAUGGAGAUUUUUUUCUAACAAGUACUUUAGUUUGUAAUAGAAAUAAGGUUCUCUUUAAAGAGCAUGAGUGAUAAAUCUUUAAUCCUUUCAGAAGGAAAUAUUAAACUCCUGCUGUGCCAACAGUCUCCGUGCACCUAGCUUUACUUCUUGACUGCAGAUUUUCUUUAUUUUGAAGGUUACAAAAUACUAUGCCAAAGCACUUAAGCUGCACAAUAUGUACAUGUGUUAAAGGGUUAUUACCGUAGGUUUAGAUGAACUGAGACCCCCAGGCUCCUUAUUACACUAGACACAGAAUUGUGAAUAAAUGGUUAGAAGUAAAACUCUAGUUUUAAAGGUAAAUGGAAGCAUUUCAAUGUGUAUAUAUUACAACUGCAUCAUGAGCUCAGUGUACCGGUUUUGUUGUUGUUGUUUUACUUUCACAUUUGCAAUCUAUCCAGAAUGUUUUGCCAUUUCCUGACAUAUCAUAUAAUUCCUCUUAAUCCUACCUCACCCUGGUUUUAAAACAAAAUUGUUGUAAGCUGCCAACACUUCAGUGUAAAAUGAUCAAUUGUAUGUCUUGAACUGAUUGCAAGUAAAAAUCAA